AUGGAGGCCCCCGGGCUGGGGCGAGGGGAAGCCGUCCGCACGCCGCCCCCGCCGCCCCACGAGCCCAUCCGCUUCGGGAUCGAUCAGAUUCUGGGCUGCCCGCAGCCGCAGGGCAACUGUCUGGCUGCCGUCGGGGCACCGGAGGAGCCGCUGUACAGCGGGGGGUUCGGAGCCGCGGACUACAACCCGGCCUGCUCCCUCGGCGCCUACGGGCUUCCCGGGGCUGCCUCUGCGGGCGGCGGAGGAGUGAUCCGCGUGCCGGCGCACAGGCCCCUUCCCUCGGCGCCCGUCCGUCCGCAGCCGGCAGGAGCAAACCUCACCUUUCCCUGGAUGGAGAACAGCCGGCGGCUGGCUAAGGACCGGGUCACAGCCGCCUUGCCGCCCUUCUCCGUGGCCCGCCGCGUGGGCCACCCCUACCAGAACCGCACGCCGCCCAAGCGCAAGAAGCCGCGGACGUCCUUCUCGCGGGCGCAGAUUUGCGAGCUGGAGAAGCGCUUCCACCGGCAGAAGUACUUGGCGUCGGCGGAGCGAGCGGCGCUGGCCAAGGCCCUCAAGAUGACGGACGCCCAAGUCAAGACCUGGUUUCAGAACCGCCGCACGAAGUGGAGGCGGCAAACGGCGGAGGAGCGCGAAGCCGAGCGCCAGCAGGCCAACCGGCUGAUGCUGCACUUCCAGCAGGAGGCCUUCCAGAAGAGCCUGGGGCAGCCGCUGCAGCCGCACGACCCGCUCUGCCUGCACAACGCCUCGCUCCUCGCCCUGCAGAACCUGCAGCCCUGGGCCGAGGACCACGAGGUCACGUCGGUCUCGGGCGCCGCGGCGCUCGUCUGA